AUGGGAAGACCAAAAAAUCAACCUCGUAUUAAAGGAAAUGUUCAGCCUGCCAGUAGCAGUCGAGCUGCCGAGGUUAUAGCUGCAAAAGGAAAUCAAACUUCUGUAAGCAAUUUAGGAGGCUUUUCACAAUUUAUAGGAGCUUCUGCUUUCACAAAUGUGAAUUCUGCUGAACUAAAUUCUGAUAAUGUGAAUGAUGUAAACUUAGACUCAGAAUUAGUUAUAAUACUGAAAAGAUUGUCAAAACGUGAUUCUACCACUAAAUUAAAAGCUUUGGAUGAUCUCGAGUCAUAUUUAAAAAAUAAAAUUGAAAAAGAUGAUGUUUUCGUUAGCAUAAUGGAUGCUUGGGCAAAAUUAUUUGUAAAAACUGCAUUUGAUGUUGAUCGUAGAAUACGCUAUGCUACAUUCUCUUGUCAUUUAUCCAUGAUUUCAAAAGCCAAAAAGAAACUUGCGCCCAUUCUCAAAGAAAUUAUUGGUGUAUGGAUAAUCUCAAUGUUUGAUCAAAGUAAAGAUGUUGCACGGAUUGCUAAUGAAUCAUUCGAGGCUGCAUUUUCACCUGAAAAACGUAUUGAAGUUUUAAUAUUUUGUCAAUCUGAAAUUAUAAAUUUCAUUAAAGAAAUAAUUAUUUACAAAACACCAGAAACCUUAAGCGAUCCUAGAUUUACGUCAAAGGAAGACAUGAAUUCUAAAUAUGCAAGGGUUUUGGCAAGUUCCUAUUAUGUCCUUGCAAAUUUAAUAGAAAAAUUAAAUGAAGAAACUUUGUCAAAAGCCAUUUUUCAAUAUGAAGAUCUAUUUGAUAAUACUAAAACAUGGUCAAAUUUAUCAAAUGACAAUUCAAUUGUACGCAAAUCUUGCUACAAUUUAAUCAAGACUUUGGUAAACAAAUGGCCAAAACAAGUAGAAAAUAGGCUGGAAAUGUUGAGUACAACAUUUUUGAUGAAGGCAUUUAAUGAAAAAGAGAUAAACACACAUUCAGAUUUAUGGGAUUCUUUAUUAGUAUUUACCAAGAAAUUUCCACAAUCUUGGAUUAUAGCUUCUCAAAAAAAACCAAUACUUCCCAAAUUUUAUAAUUUUCUUCGUUCAGCAACUUAUGGAUCCAUUAACAUCUCUUAUCCUAGUAUAUUAGCAUUGAUUGGAAAUUUGCCACAUGAGCUUAUUGACAAUGAUGCAAAAUUCUAUGAUGAUUUUUUAAUAAAUUUCUGGAAAGGAUUGACAAAUUCAUCGAUAGAUAAGGCAAAUUCUGCAGUUUUUCUUAAGGCAUAUUUUGAGUUGAAAAAAGAAACACAAGUUGAUCUUAUUGAAAAACAUUAUAUUCAUAUAUUCAAGGUUUAUUUAUUAGAUUUCAAGAAUGGAACAAAAUUCCAGCCUUAUCAGAUGUGUUCUAUUUUGGCUUCAUACACUUUCCAAUUAUUGACAAAAUUACGAGGAACAGAUUCAGGAGAUAUAUUAUUGAGUAAAAUCAAAGAUCUUACAUUUACUAAUCUAUCUAAUGGCAAAAUUCCCAAUAUUAUUACAAAUCAGGAUGAUGAUUUCAAAGAUUUUUGUCAAAGAUUAGGCGAUUUUUACAUUUCUUUGAUGGAAACUGCUAGUUCAAAAAAUGAAACAACAAAUCAAUUCAUGAAUAAUAUGAUUGAGAAAAUUAUCGAAGAAAUAUUUUUACUUUUAUUUGAUAAGCUAAAUGAAUUUGGUGGUUCCAUCGGAUUAAGCUUAUUAUUAUCACAUUUGACAAAGAAUUUUCCUUGCAUAAUAUUUGAAAAGUCAAAUGUCAUCGAGAAAUUUGAAGAAUUCAUAAGUACAAAAUUUCUUGAACUUGUACUUCAUGAUUCAAAAAUAUUUUUGAAUUUUCUCUUUGAAUUUUUUACAACGUAUUUAACAAAAUGUCAGGAUAUCAACAAAGUUCAAAAAAAUUGGAAUAAUUUAUUAAAAACAAUUUUGAGUAUUGAUAAUGUUGAUGUUAAGCUUGACAAAAUUCGUUCUUUAAUUGAUAAGAUUUCAAAAAUAAUCAUUUCAAUGAAUUUAUAUGAUGAGCAAUAUAAUGUUUAUUUGAUUGAUCUUUCAAAAAGCCUAUUAGAUAAAGACCUUGAUUAUAACACUAGAACUGGUGUCGAGGAACUUUUAUAUGACACAUUUUCAUCAAAAGUUAAUAUAAUUUCAAAGCAAACAAAAAUAGAAAUUUUCAGUCUAUUUUCAAAAGCCACUGCUGAUUUUACAGAAUCUUAUUUUAUUACAAGGAAUAUGAUGAUUUAUGAUAGUAUGAUCUCAAUUUUGAAAACAUUUGAAAAAUUAUUCAAAGACGAUCAAUCGCUGAAAAUCAUUGUUGAUCAUUCAAAUUUAAUGUAUGUUAUUGGAAUAAUUUUUCAACUUACUUUUAUAAAACCUCAAGAUGAUUCUAAUUCUGAAGCAGUAGUGAGAAUUAAAUCAAUUGCUGAAAGUUGUUGGGAAUUGCUUGUUGAAAAUUCCAAGUUGCUUUCUUGUCAUAAUGAAGUUACCAAGUUGAUUUCACUACAAAUCAAAUCUUCUUUAUUAAAUAUUAAUUAUGAUGCCAGUCCAACAGAUUUUGUUCAGCAAGUGAUGAAAUUAUGUGAAAGUUUCUAUAAGGAUGAGCCAUCAAAACAAUUAGAGGUUAUCAAACCAUUGCUUUUAAAUAAUGGCGAAUGGAUUAAUCUCAGUGAGCCUUUUUUGUCUAGAUUUAUUGGUGCAUCUAGAGGCAUAAUAGAUCCUAUUAUAUUACCUUAUCCAUCACUUCUGAAUCAUCAUGGAAAAUCAGCAGCAACUAAAGAUACUGCUGCCACUAUAUUACCGAAUAUUGAGUAUGAUUUAUACGGGCUUACAAUAUAUGGGCGUUUGGGACUUGUUAUUGUUGAAAUCAUUAAUAAAAUAGGUGUGCCCACAUUUUUUGGAAUUUCGAUUAGCAGUAAUAAAGAACAAGAGCAGAAGGAGAAAGAAAAGAUAAUUUCAACAGGAUUUCAUGGAAUUCUUUUGGAAUUAUUGCUAAUUUAUGUUCUAUGUUUUGAUAUUCAUGGCUCGCAUAAAGCAGUUCACCACUUAUGGGAUUCAGCGAUCACAGAGGAAAGUCAUUAUCACGGCUUCACGGCUUUCCUUGAUGAUAUUAGCACAAUUGUUCAACAAUACGCUGCUAUUUCAUUUCAUGGUGGAAUCUUUGAUUUAAAUAAAAUUUUUGAUAAUAUUAUGAUCAGUAAUGAGAUUACGAAUGAUGAUAAAAUUUUCAAUUUGUAUUCAUUAAUCGUUGAUGCUAUAAAUCGAUCAAGUAGCAAUCAUUUACUUUAUUGGGCAAGGGUGCUAAGAGUCUUCUUGUCUGAAGCACUCAGACAUGGAAAAUUAACAAUUGUUAACAUAGAUAGUUUUCUAAAUAAUUUAAAAUCUGAAUCUUGUUCAUUUAAUUUGGAAAUCAAGCUGGCAUUUAUUGAUUCGUUAGAACAAUACAUCAAAGGAUCUGAAUAUUUUGAAGCAUUUAAAAUUGAUUUAGUAAAUAAAUUAUGUAGACUAGAUAUCAAUGAAAGAUUCCCAAAAGUUGUAUCGUCAUCAUCGUCAUCACCAAAAGAAGAUGAAUAUGUUUCAAAGUUAUUCAAUAGUAUAAUGGAAUGGUAUAAAUUAUCAGAAACAAGUUUAUAUGACAAUACCGAGUAUCUUCAUAUAAACAUUCAAAUUGCAAAAAUCUUUUACUUGCUGGUGCCAUCUUUUAUUAAACUUGAAAAAACCCAUUUGGAAAUCACAUUCGAUUUAUUAAAGCAUUGGUUUGAGCCAAGCAAUAAUUUUUUAUUAUUAUAUGAAGCACUUCGAUUAUACAACAGAUUGAAAAAUUUUGUGGAACACGAAAAUCCUGAUCAAGAGAAUAUUUUAUAUGAAAUUUAUAGUUCAGUUGAUUUUGAAGAGUUAUUAUCUGAUGAAUAUGAAGCUUAUUUAAAUAUUCUGUCGGAAUUAUUUCAAGAAUCAGAAGGUUAUAGUUUUUCUAAUAGAAGAAACGAGGUUUAUCGUUUACUUAACACUCCUCACACAGAAUUUCAAAAAUGUACUUAUAAAAUAUUACAUCGAUAUAUUUCUAGAAGAGUUAAAAGAAUAAGCAAUGAGUUUGAGAUCGUAGGCACUGAAAUUAAAUUAGAAUUUGAUGAAGGGAUAGUUUCCUUGAUUCAAAAGGCAAAUCAUAGCAAUUAUCUUGAUAAUAUUAAUUCAACUGAUAUUAAUAUAUUGAAUGAAUAUAAGAUUUUUGGAUAUUUAUUAACUUGGUUAAUCAUUUUUGAUUAUUUUGAAAAUACUGUAACAAAAUGGGAUUUUAGAGAAUUUUACGUUGAAGGAUUUGAUCGCGGGGUAUGUUCAGAAGUUGGAUUUCCUUUACUUUGUGCAAAUUUAUAUUAUCGAAAUUGGCAUGCGGAAUGUAAAAAACGUCAAUUGAGCAUUGCCAUCAACAACUACACCGAAAAACAUUUCAGUUCAUCAAUUAUCCAACAACAAUUUGACACACUUCUAAAUGAUAAUGUAAGAUAUGAAUUGGAAGAUGAUAAGUUUUCAAUAAGAGUUGCAAGAAGUUCCAAUGAGGUGAUUUCCACUUUCAAUAUGGAUGAAUAUAUUAUGGAGCUUAGUAUACGACUUCCAACUAAUUACCCAUUGAGCCUAGCAGAAUUUAAUACUAUAGAAAGAAUAGGUACUACAGAAGUUACAGAUUUGAAAUGGGCAAAACUACCUAUACAAACUAUUGUUAACUCUCAG